AUGUCUACCUCCAAUUCAUCGACAUGGGUUAUCUCAAAACCCUCGAUCCAUGAAUCCGUCCAACUUUCGUUCCGAUCUCAGCUCAACCCAUUUCCUCUUCUAGACCCGACGCCAUUUUCGAGAGCCAAUGUUUAUCAACUUUCAACAUUGCCCUUGAUUGAAAAUGGCGUUCGGAAACUUCGAGAAAGAAUUGAGACAGUUAAAAACACGCAGAAAGUGACCGAAGCAAUGAAACUAGUUGCAGCAGCCAAGGUGCGGAGAGCCCAAGAAGCUGUCAUAAAUGGCAGGCCUUUCGCUGAAACCCUUGUCGAAGUUUUGUACAGCAUCAAUGAACAGUGCCAAUUGGAAGAUGUGGAAGUUCCUUUGACGGCCAUUAGGCCUGUAAAGAAAGUUGCUCUUGUGGCUAUAACGGGUGAUAGAGGUCUCUGUGGGGGUUUCAACAAUGCAGUAUUGAAAAAGGUUGAGAACCGGAUCGAGGAAUUGAAGAAUCUUGGAUUGGAUUACACUGUGAUUAGUGUUGGCAAAAAGGGUAAUGCGUAUUUCGGGAGAAGGCCUAGUGUGAAUGUGGAUAGGUUUAUUGGACGAGAGUAUUUUCCCAAUUCGAAAGAAGCUCAAGUAAUUGCCGAUGAUGUGUUUUCGCUGUUUGUGAGCGAGGAGAUAGAUAAAGUUGAGCUAAUUUAUACGAAAUUUGUGUCUUUGAUCAAGUCUGAUCCGGUUAUUCAUUCUUUGCUUCCCUUAUCUGCGAAAGGGGAGGCUUGUGAUGUGAAGGGAAUCAGCAUUGAUGCUAGUGAAGAUGAGUUCUUUAGGCUAACGACUAGGGAGGGGAAAUUGACGGUGGAGAGAGAUCACGCUAUCCGUUUGAGAAGGUCGAUUUUUUCCCCAAAUUAUCAGUUUGAGCAGCAUCCUGCACAAAUUCUUGAUGCAUUGAUGCCACUUUACUUGAACAGUCAGAUUUUGAGGGCACUGCAGGAGUCAUACGCGAGUGAGCUUGCAGCAAGAAUGAAUGCUAUGAGUAAUGCUACGGAUAAUGCAGUUGAAUUGAAGAAGAAUCUUUCAAUUGCUUAUAACCGCGAAAGGCAGGCGAAGAUCACUGGUGAGAUANCAACUUUCGUUCCGAUCUCAGCUCAACCCAUUUCCUCUUCUAGACCCGACGCCAUUUUCGAGAGCCAAUGUUUAUCAACUUUCAACAUUGCCCUUGAUUGA